AUGAGUGGCAUCAAUGAUCUUCAAGCGGUCUCUCACGGCGCAAUGUAUGCGACCAUCUGGGUGGAAUAUGGCAUCACCACCGUCGUCAUGGUCCUGCGCGCCUACUCCCAGGUGUUCAUUUUGCGGAAGUUCACUGCGGACGAUCUCGUCAUGGUCGGCGCCUACGUAGUUCAAGGGAUCGCCUCGUCGCUCGUCACAGCCUCCGUGCACCACGGCCUCGGCUCCAGCUGGAACCCAACAAGUCUAUCCUCUGUCCAAGACGCGACGGAGAUGCUGAAAUACGCGAUGAUCAGCAUGCCGUGCGGUACCAUAGCGUCCAUGCUCGGUCGGAUCUCGUUUAUACUGUUUCUACUCAAGAGCGUCAUCACGGUCCAUAACUUGCGACGAAAAGUGCUCUGGGGUCUUAUUGCAUGCCAAUUUGUCAACGUCAUUCCGUGCGUGUUGCAGUUUACGCAAUGCAACCCCGUCAGUGCUUUGUGGGAUCCGCUCAAACUGAUUGAGAAAUGUCAAGGCGCGACGAUGGUGCAGAAUUGGGGGUAUUUCCAGGGGGCGUUCAAUGGCUUGACAGACCUAUUCCUGACCGGAAUCGGUCUCGCCGUGAUUCUGACACUCAAAAUGAGCCGCCGAAAUAAGAUCAUUCUCAGCUCGAUUGUUUCGCUGAGUUUGCUUGCAAUGAUCGCAUCCAUCCUGAAGACCGUCCAACUCCGAACCAUGAACAGCCCCAGGUUUAGCUACGCCAUGGCCAUCUACGCAAUCUGGUUCCUAACCGAAGCAACAGUCGUGAUCGUCACAGCUUCCGUCCCCCGUCUCCGCGCAAUCAUCGUGCUCGGCAAACAGACCAAACCAUCCUACAACCCCUACCUCACUCCAGACUCCGGUAACGACCGCGCCGUGUACGCGAAAAGCGGCGAGUACCCGCUCGAACAUUCCCGCGUCUCUAAGCAUCGCUCGAUCCGGACAACAUUCUACGAGACCGAGGGCGACCGCUCACUUGUGCGUCCUGAGCCGGCGAGAAGUGUGAACACGAGGCCGAGUCUGGAUAGUGCAGGUGGGAUUGGGCCGGUUGAGUCGACCGAGUUAAGGACACUGCCGCAGGCUGCGAGAAAUAGGAGUGUUGUGUAG